ACUUUUAGCGCCGAAAUAAUCCUGUCCCAGAAAGAAUGGGCAUUAUUAAACAUAACACGGUUCGAAUAUAGUAGUCGAGAGUUCGACACUGGCCCUCUUGGCCGCCGCUCUAACAAAACGCUGGACAUCAAUUUUUAUCAGAGGAAAGGAAAUAGCGCGCCCCGGGAAGGGAGACUGGCAAAUCAUUCGAUUUGGGGGGUGCAAAAGAAACUGUCGAAAGUAAGCUACGAUUGAAAUUUCCAGUUGCAAGCAUACUAUAAUCUUGAAGGGCAGUAAAAGCUUCAGCAAAUUACAAAGAAGGAGUCAAGGAACCCCCACAUGGAAGACCCACAGGAUUUAAAUGAACGAUCGGUAAAGAAAACACAGCCAGACUCAGAUGUUACAGAGCCUCAGAACACCAGGUCUAUGGAAAUGCAGGACCUAGCAAGUCCGCAUAAUCGAGUGAGCAGUAGUGAUGUUUCUGCUGGCUCAAAACUGGACAAGGCCAACCUGAGUAACACCUCAAUUAUAUCAAAUGGAACAGCGGGAGACACCAUGACUAUUUUAAACACUGCAGACUGGUUGCUAGGUUGCAGCACCCCCGCCUCUGCAACAAUCAAAACAGAGCCAAUGAGCAGCAGUGACACUGCCACAACAACAGGAGAUGGAUCACUUGACAGUUACACUGGGUCAGUAAUAACAAGUAGUGGCUAUAGUCCAAGAGGAAUACACCAAUACUCACCACAGCUCUAUCCUUCCAAGCCAUACCCACACAUUCUUUCCACACCAGCAGUACAAUCAAUGACAGCUUAUGCUGGACAAACCCAGUAUUCAGGAAUGCAGCAGCCUGCAGUCUAUGCUGCGUAUUCUCAGACAGGCCAGCACUAUGGAUUGCCCGCUUAUGGAAUUAAGACAGAAGGUGGACUUCCACAAGCACAAUCUGCAUUGCAGACAGGAUGCCUCAGCUACAGUCCAGGAUUUGCUGCUCCCCAACCAGGCCAGACAGCAUAUUCCUAUCAGAUGCAAGGAUCCAGUUUCACACCAUCUCCUGGUAUUUAUGCAAGCAGCAACUCUGUUUCCAAUUCAACAAGCUUCAACAGUUCCCAUCAGGAUUACCCUUCCUACACAGCGUUCGGCCAAAACCAGUAUGCACAGUAUUAUCCAACUUCAACAUAUGGCACAUAUAUGACCUCAAAUGAUAGUGUUGAUGGUACCUCUUCAACGUCAACAACUUAUCAGCUACAAGAUCCUUCCUCUAUCACUGGACAACCAGGUACAGAUCUUCCUGGAGGGGAGUUUGAUACAGUGCAGAGCCCAUCAACACCAGUCAAAGACCUGGAUGAGCGAACGUGUAGGAGUUCAGGGUCAAAGUCACGGGGAAGGGGAAGGAAGAAUAAUCCAUCACCACCUCCUGACAACGACUUGGAGCGAGUAUUUGUCUGGGAUCUUGAUGAGACAAUCAUCAUCUUUCAUUCUCUGCUCACAGGAUCGUAUGCACAAAAGUAUGGUAAGGAUCCACCAAUAGCAGUUACACUCGGACUUCGAAUGGAAGAGAUGAUUUUCAAUCUGGCUGACACACAUUUAUUUUUCAAUGAUCUAGAGGAAUGUGAUCAAGUACAUAUAGAUGAUGUCUCCUCUGAUGACAAUGGACAGGAUUUAAGUACCUACAGCUUUGCAACAGAUGGUUUUCACGCAGCUGCCACCAGCGCAAACCUCUGCUUAGCAACUGGUGUGCGGGGAGGUGUUGAUUGGAUGAGAAAACUAGCCUUCCGUUAUAGGCGUGUAAAAGAAUUAUAUAACACUUACAAAAACAAUAUAGGAGGGCUUCUUGGUCCAGCAAAAAGAGAUGCUUGGCUUCAGUUAAGGGCUGAGGUUGAGGCUCUGACAGACUCAUGGCUGUCAAAUGCACUUAAAUCAUUGUCAAUCAUCAGCUCCAGGAGUAACUGUGUUAAUGUUUUGGUAACUACGACGCAACUUGUGCCAGCACUUGCCAAAGUCCUAUUGUAUAGCUUAGGUGGUGUUUUCCCUAUUGAAAAUAUAUACAGUGCAACCAAAAUAGGCAAAGAAAGUUGCUUUGAACGAAUUAUGCAAAGGUUUGGCAGAAAAGUAGUAUAUGUUGUUAUUGGGGAUGGUGUAGAAGAAGAACAGGCAGCAAAAAAGCACAAUAUGCCAUUCUGGAGGAUAUCGAGCCACUCUGAUCUGUUGGCUUUGAAUCAAGCACUGGAACUGGAAUACUUGUAGUUGCCUUGAGCAGUACAGCCAGAGAUACAAUGUUAACAACCUACAUAGGAGUAUAUGAAGUUUCCCUCUGUGAUCUGAAACACCUCUGGCUUCCACGUUUGUCUUAAGAAAUGAAGAGAUAUGAUUUGUCAUGUGAGGCUAUUGUGAAUUCAAACUGCUGAACAGUGACUGGUACAUUAAAACUCUGCAUAAGGAACUAUGUUGGUCUUAGGAAAUAUUGUUCAUUAUAGAUAAAGUGCAAGUUGUGUGUAUUUUACAACUCUUCAAGUGAUUAAACAAUGCCCAGGAUGCUUGAACAGCUUUUACAAUGAACUAGUUCUUUUAAGAAGCAAGAAGCUGCUACCAAUGCAUCCGGCAUGAAGUUGUUCAACGGCAUUCCUUUGCCAUUGGAUGUUCUCAAUAAUGCAGUGUUUUAGCAAACUUUAGUCUGCUUAUCCAAGCUGAACCUGCAUUAAAGGUGCACUGGGCUACAUUGACAAUCACAUCUAGACCUGCAGUUUGUGUAACUUAGUUACUGUGACAGCUUACUCUAAGUUAGCAGCUGUAUUCAAAAACGUAAUGCUUUUAUGAGGAUAGUCACUUUUUGUAAAGCUUGACAAGAAGAAUAUACAUAAACGAUGUGCUGUGCCUUAAAAUAAGACAGUGUUGGUGUGUUACAAUGUAACUUCUGUUCCACAAAUGUAUAGAUAAACUCUUUGUGAUGAUUAAUUUUUUGAAAUGACCAAAUUAUUAAAAGAAUCAGAAAUAAAAGAAUUCUGCGUUGUGUAAGCAGAGAAGAAUUGUUCCAGACUGUUGGUCUAAACAGGAAAUUAAAAAUUGGAGAGUUUUUGUCUUUUUACUUGGACUUUUAGUGUUUAAUUGUAAAUUACAAUCCUUAAUGAUAUCCAGGAGAAACAUUUUAAUUUAAACUGUGAGGUAAUCUAUUUUAGUCAAUAAGAAACAGCUUGACACUUUUUGAUAUUAUGCUUGUCUUUACCAUUUCUGGGAGUUUCUAAAAGAACUUUUGGUUUGGGCACUUAUUUGAUUUCAUGCUAGUUCAUAUUUUCUUUAAAUCUUAAAACUGUAAUACCAGGAAUUCAUUCACUUUAUAGAAGCUGUAUCCCAAUCCACCUCCUGUCUCCCCAUUUGAUGUAUCUAUGAAUAAAGGGGAUGUGUGGAUAAGGAUUUUGAACAAGUUUAUGGGCUUAUUGCAUCUUAGGAAGUGUCCAGUUUUCAUUGACUGAUUCAAUUUACAAAUAACAUAAAGCAAAGAGCUAUCUAACUUUUACAACCAAUGUUGCAAUUUUCUUUCUAAGCCUGUGUUGUAGUUCCUAAUAUACAAU